AUGAGCAGAAGGAAGCAGGUGCUGUGGUCGCUGCACAAUCCCGACCAAUUCGUGAUCGGUUCGUCCGAUCUGCGACUCUACGAAAUCAGUGUGAACAGCGAGGUCCAGACCUGCAAGUGCCUGGCCUGGAGCCCCGACCCGACCACGCCCCACCUGCUCGCCGCGGGCCUGCCCAACGGCCGCGUGGUGCUGACCAGCUUCCGCGACAGCGUGAGCUUCUCGUCGGUCAACUCGAUCUCGAAGGAGUUCAUCCCGCGCAACUCGCGAUCGUGCAACGCCCUCGCCUGGAACCCGGUCUACCACAACGAACUCGCCGCGGGCCUGGGCAAAGUGCGCUGCGACUUCUCCACCCUCGUGUGGGACGUCAACCAGAGCAGCGGGGUGGCGGACAUCACCGGCGCCGAGGCGAUCGUGCGCCCGAUGCGGGAGGUCAACAUGUCCGAAGCGACCGUCUCCCUGGCGUGGGUGCCCAAUCAGCCCUCGUGUCUUGCCACAGGAACCGGUGCGAAAUGGCUGCGAAUAUACGACAUGCGGGCGUCGGAUCUCACGGCUCGCAAGUCGGUCCUGGCCCACUCCAAGGCCGUCCACGGCGUCUCCUUCGAUCCCUUCAACGACAAGCGCCUCUCCACAUUCUCAGAGGAUGGCACGUCCAAGAGCCUGAUCCAGAUCGAGUGGUGCUCCACGCGCAGCGGCAUCCUCGCGUCGAUCGGGAAGGAGGAGUCCGUGCUCAAGCUGUGGGACCUCAACGACUCGGCGCUCGACCUCCCGACCGACCCCACCAGCGGCCAGCAGCAGGAACUCAACCUCAAGUACACCCGGCCUUGCCGAACGUAUGAGGCGAGUGAGCCGAUCAGCUGCAUUUCGUGGCACCCGACGAAGGAGUACCGGAUCCUGACGGUCACGAGCUCGUCGUUCGUCGAGGUGGUCUCCCUGCACGAGUCGAUCCCCGUGUCGUGGGCGCCCUACGGCGACCUCUCGUUCGCCUACGGUCGACAGAUAAUCCAGGGCUCCACCGCCGUCCACCCGCCCGGCCUCUCCUCCUCUUCCGCCGAACAGAUGCUGGAGCAGCUGGACAUUUCGUUCGUGAUGAAGCAGAAGGCGCUCAACGGCUACUCGAUGGACAUCGAGAAGAACAAGAAGCUGAGCGACGCCUUCGGCACACAGGAGCUCAAGGUCUGCUGGUCCUGGCUCGCCAACGCGAACAGCAAGCGAAAAGAAAAGCACAGCGACUUUUCGGGCAUCGUGGCGAUCCUGACGGGCAAGGACACGACGGACCUCCCGACCAACAUCACCCAACGCGAAAAGGCCGAAGGCGGAUUCAAAACAUACUACAGCCCGCAGCGACAGGCAGUACUCCGAUUGUGCGGCUGGGACAUGGAGUCGGCCUCGCUCGACGACAUGCUGUCGGUGCUGGAGCAGCAGAACCAGUUCGAGCGCGCGGCGGCCAUCGCCGUGUUCCACCUGGACAUCCGCCGCGCCGUGCUCGCGCUCAAGCGCGCCAUCGCCGCCGACAGCGCCAACGAGCCCUUCCGCCUCGUCGCCAUGGCCCUCGCCGGCUACGAGGGCGCCCAGCAGAUGAUGAUGGCCGGCGGCGGCACCACCGGCGGCGGCGGCGUUGGUUCGCUGUGGAAGGAGACCUGCGCGUCGCUCAAGGAGCAGAUCGGGUCGGCCUACCUGCGCGCCGCGUUCGCCUUCCUCUGCGCCGACUCGGUGCCGGACUUUGCCGAGGUGCUCGACCAGUACGACGAGAUGAGCCUCGCCGACCGCAUCGCCUUUGGCUGCCGCUUCCUUCCCGGCGCCGACCUGCAACGCUACAUCACGCAGUCGGCAGCGGGGGCGGUGAAGAACGGGUCGCUGGCGGGCCUCAUGCUCACGGGCCUCAGCCCGCAGGGCGUCGACCUCCUCGAGAACUACCUCAACCGCACCGGCGACGUCCAGACGGCGUGUUUGGUGAUGGCGCACGUGGUGCCGCGGGUGUUCAGAGACCAGCGGGUGGAGCACUGGAUGGACUGCUACCGCAAUCUGCUGGACAUGUGGCAGCUCUGGCACGAACGCGCCCUUCUCGACGUCGCCCGCAUCGCCACCGUCUCCGAGCCCAAGCCUCCGGGCCAGGUGUUCGCGCGAUGCAACUUCUGCAGCCAGUCGCUGUCGAUGAACAUGCUGAGCGCCAAGAUGGGCCGCGGCCGCGGCAUGGCCCCCCAGCCCAAGGCCUCCAGCGGGAAGCAAAAGGUGUCGUCGUGUCCGUCGUGCGGCAAGCCGCUGCCGCUGUGUUCCAUUUGUUUGCUGCCGCUCGGCUGCUCCACGCCCGUCUUCAGCGGAUCGCGCAACCCGAGCGAGAAGCAACUGUACUGGGCGGAGGGCGGAAGCAAAUUCGAGGAUUGGUACACGUGGUGCCAGACCUGCAGACACGGUGGCCACGCGGCCCACCUCAUGGACUGGUUCGCCCACCACGUCGAGUGCCCGGUGACCGAUUGCAACUGCCGCUGCUACUCCCUCGACCCGCUCGAGUGA